UUGCGAUCGUGGGCCGUCAAGGAUUUUGCUCCGGGAGUGGCGCAGUACGUCCAAAUUUUCCGUCCGGAAAAUAAGCUGCACGUCAAAUUCGCGGAGUACGUUGUAUGCGAGGACGAAUUCAAGUACGCUCUUUUGGCCAACAAUUGCACUUGUCCUGGAGCCUCCACCCUGGUCACGUUGCUGUUACAUACCUCGAGAGGGCAAGAAGGCCAACAAUCUCAAGAAGAAUGGCAUCGAUUGUAUGGUCGAUGUUCGGGCAACGAGAUAUACCAUAUCAAAAUGGAGGACAGCCGAUUCUUCGGGGAAUACGAAGGAAAAAGUUUCACCUAUGCCAGCUUCCAUUCCCACAGAAAGUACGGGGUGGCUCUCGUUGGCGUCCGUCCCGCUCAGCUGCCCGAAUUCUACGAGGACACCAUCCUCCUGAACCCGGGCCCGCGUCACAUCAUGAAAAAGGACGACACCUGCUACUACAUGAGCAUCACCAAGGAGGAGAACUCCGCUUUCACGGUGGCCAAUCACCAGCAGCCGCACAACGGCAACGCCCCCUCGGAGGCGGUCGUUGUCACAGCGAAAGGAGAGGAGAAGGGGUCAGUUGUUGCGGCGACAGCGGCAGGCAAAGACGGUAGCGCACCACCUCCUCAACUCAUCUUGCAAGUGCCCACGUGUGUCACCACUUUUCCAGAUAGUACUACCAGCGAUUCCAGACAAUGUCUCAAGGAAGCCUCACCUGGUUCGAUAAUUUUCGACGUAUCUAUAACAGGCAAUCACCUGGACAUCCCCCGCGGAACCCCCGGAAGCUGCGGAGGAGGAGACAACCCCAACCUGUUGAGCCCCGACGCCAUCAACCAGCGUCGCAACUCGCGUCGUCCCAGCAUCCUCCCCGUACCAGACAUGGUCACCGGCAGCACCCUCAACAUCGCCCAGGCCACCGAAGAGGAAGAGGAGGAGGAGGAGGGAGACGAAAGUGAAGAUGAAUUGGAAGACGACGUGCCUUGGAGAUCGCCGAGUGAAAAAAUCGCCAUCGUGAAGGGUUUCCCCCCUGUUAGCCCCUACAUAGGGGUGAGCCCUACCCUCUGCUACCUCCUCAAAGAGAAGAAGCCUCUCUGCUGCCUCCAAUUAGCUCAGAUCUGUGAGCACUGCAGCUACAGGAACGCCAGAGACUACCAGUGGCAGAACAAGACGAUCAUUCUUGCUGCGGAUUACGCCUCGAAUGGGAUCUAUAAUUUCAUUAUACCGUUGAGGGCGCACUUUAGAUCGAAGACGUCCCUGAAUCCGAUUAUUUUGUUACUGGAGCGAAGGCCGGAUAUCGCGUUCUUGGAUGCGGUGUCGUACUUCCCUUUGGUGUACUGGAUGUUGGGAUCGAUCGAUUGUCUGGAUGAUUUGCUUCGUGCUGGAAUUACAUUGGCCGAAAACGUGGUUGUCGUCAAUAAAGAAUUGUCCAAUUCGGCUGAGGAGGAUUCCUUGUCUGAUUGUAAUACGAUCGUGGCUGUGCAAACAAUGUUCAAAUUUUUUCCGAGCAUCAAAAGUAUAACAGAGCUAUCUCAAUCAUCGAAUAUGAGGUUUAUGCAGUUCAGAGCCCAUGACAAAUAUGCACUGCAUCUUUCCAAAAUGGAGAAGAGGGAGAAAGAACGGGGCUCGCACAUCUCGUACAUGUUUCGUCUGCCGUUCGCCGCAGGCACCGUCUUCAGCGCCAGUAUGCUGGACACCCUCCUCUACCAGGCCUUCGUCAAGGAUUACGUCAUCACCUUCGUCAGGCUGCUGCUGGGCAUCGACCAGGCUCCCGGAUCCGGAUUCCUCACGUCGCGGAAACCUGAUGCUGAUUGA